AUGCGGCUCAGAUCAAUCGUCAAGAAGCUCGAGACGGAGCAUCCGGAGGGGCUGACCUCGGCCGAGAUGUUCCUCGCGUCGACAGAUCUCCUCCCCGUCGAUGAGUCCCAAAAGACAUGGGACCACUGGAACUUUGUCGCAUUCUGGAUCGCCGACAGUUUCAACCUCAACACCUUUGUCAUUGCCUCUGGCAUGAUAGCAGCCGGUCUGAACUGGUGGCAGGCCCUCAUCUGCGUGAUUGUCGGGUACUGCCUCGUUGGCCCUUUACUCGUACUCAACGCCCGACCUGGAGCCAUGUUUGGGAUCACCUUCCCCGCUGUUUGCCGAACCACUUUCGGCGUCUUUGGCUCGCUCUGGCCAGUCUUUAACCGCGCCGGGAUGGCUUGCGUCUGGUGGGGUGUCCAAGCAUGGCUGGGCGGGGAGUGUGUCUACGUUCUCAUCCGUGCCAUCUUCCCUUCCUUCGUGAACAUGACCAAUCUCAUGCCCGCUUCAUCCGAAACCACCUCGGCCUACGUCCUCUCCUUCUUCAUCUACUGGCUCCUCUCCCUCCCUACCAUCUGGGUUCCCAUCCACAAGCUCCGAUGGCUCUUCAUGGGCAAGGCAGUCAUCGGCCCCAUCAUUGGCUUCGCGCUCUUCGGGUGGUCCAUCACCCGCGCGGGCGGUAUUGGGCCUGUCUUCUCCCAGCCCGCCAAGCUUUCGGGAUCGGACCUGCACUGGCAGAUGCUCAUCAGCAUCUCUAGCUGCUUCAACAACAUGUUCACGCUUAUCACCAACGCCCCCGACUUUGCUUCGCGCGCCAAGAAGCCCAGCGCCGCCGUCUGGCCUCAGCUCAUCGCCAUGCCUAUCGGAUUCAGUAUCACUUCUUUCCUGGGCAUCGUCAUUGCCUCGGCCUCGCAGCCGCAGUUCGGCGAGCAGGUCUGGGACGUCGUCAAGAUCAUGGAUAUGAUGCUCGACCGAGACGGCUCAAGCGCCACCCGUGCCGGCCUCGUCUUCAUCUCUGCGGGCUUCAUCUACGUUCAGCUCAUGCUCAACGUCGCUGCCAACUCGAUCUCGGCGGGGUGUGACCUUACCGCGCUCAUGCCUCGGUUCAUCAACAUCCGUCGAGGCGGUUACAUUGCAGCUAUCAUCGGUCUCGCCAUGAACCCAUGGCUUCUGUACAAGUCGUCCGCCACAUUCGGCAACUACCUCGGCGCAUACGGUGUCCUCCUCUCCUGCAUCGCUGGACCCAUGAUCGCCGACUACUGGAUCGUCCGCCGAGGCCACUACAGGAUCAACGACCUGUACACGCUCGAUCAGGAGGGAUGGUAUUGGUACACUGCGGGUAUCAACUGGAGGGCGUUUGCCGCUUACCUCUGUGGGUUCGCUAUCAACGCCCCUGGUUUCAUCAACACCCUCUCAUCAGCUGUUUCCGUCAACAUUGGCAUGUCGCGAGUGUAUACUCUGUCCUGGAUGACCGGAACUGGAAUCUCUGCCCUCGUCUACGUCAUCCUCUGCUUCAUCUCCCCUCCGCCAGGCAUGAACCGCCGCUUUGUCGAGAUCGACGAGUCCAAGGGCGAGGCGCGGUUCGGGCAUAUCGCCGAGACGGGUAGCCAGGAGAAUUAUGGGGAGGAAGGGAAGGAUAUGGCUGCGUUUGAAGGGGAGGGCAAGGGGAAGUUGGCAUCCCAGGUUACGGUGUUGCCUGCUUAA